CACACACAGAGAGAGAGAGAGAGAGAGAGAGAGUUGCAUUUUAGUCACCACUCACCACCAAAUGGUGCUUCCUUUAUUAUUCUUGAAUGGCAGCAUGACCUGAAAGUCAAGAAUAUAGGUGAAUUCAGGGAGGAUGGGGGCCUCGCUGUCGAACCUUGCAACGAACGGUUCGACCAACGGUCCUGGCCUCGGGGACAUCCCUGAGAGUUGCGUGGCUUGCGUUUUUCUCUAUCUUACUCCGCCGGAGAUAUGCAAUUUGGCGCGGCUGAAUCGAGCGUUUCGCGGUGCUUCCUCCGCCGAUUCGGUGUGGGAAACGAAGUUGCCACCUAACUACCAAGAUCUGCUCCAUGUUUUGCCUACUUCAGAGAGGCACCAGAAUCUGUCCAAGAAGGACAUAUUUGCGCUGCUAUCUCGGCCGCUACCAUUUGAUGACGGCAACAAGGAAGUGUGGCUGGACAGGGUCACGGGAAGGGUUUGCAUGUCCAUUUCGGCAAAAGCUAUGUCAAUUAAUGGAAUCGAUGACCGGAGAUACUGGACUUGGGUUCCUACUGAAGAAUCUAGGUUCAAUACUGUAGCAUAUUUGCAGCAAAUAUGGUGGUUUGAAGUGGAUGGGGAGGUCAACUUUCCAUUUCCUGCCGAUAUUUAUACUCUCUCCUUUAGGCUUCACGUUGGACGAUUUUCCAAGAGGCUUGGACGGCGCAUUUGCAAUUAUGAACAGACCCAUGGUUGGGAUAUAAAACCGGUGAGAUUUGAGUUGUCAACUUUGGAUGGUCAGCAAGCAUCAUGUGAGUGCUGCUUGGAUGAAACUGAUCAUGAUGAUACAUAUGGCAAUCAUAAGCGUGGAUAUUGGGUAGAUUACAAGGUCGGUGAGUUUAUUGUGAGUGGAUCAGAACCUACAACCAAAGUUAGAUUCUCCAUGAAACAGAUUGAUUGUACACACUCUAAAGGUGGGCUUUGUGUUGAUUCUGUAUUUAUUAUACCUAGUGAUUUGAGAGAAUGCAAGAGAGGCGGCACUUUGAAAUAACCACAGAGAAUAGGGAGGUUUUUUUGGUCAUGUCAGCAGAAAUUCCUGAAUACUCUGUUGGUAUAUUAUACGGCUUGUGAAGAAAAUUUAGAAUUUGGAGGAUGUCAUCUUUUGCUGGGAGUUUUUUUUGGGCAAUUGGUUUGUGUACCCUAUAGCUUUUUAUGCAAUCACCAUUACUAUGUAUUUUAGUCAUUUCUAUACCUCUGUAAAAAAGAUGAUGCCAGGACAACUUAAUUGUAUCUUCUAAGUACAAUAUUAAGAAGCAGAGCUGAUGUUUGACUAUUUAAAUAC